AUGGGUAUCGGUGCAGCCCUUUUGGUCGCGGGCCUCGCGUUCGUCGUCGUCAAGAAAAUGGGCGAUAACAGACACAAGAAGCAGCAACAGCAGCAGAUGCUCCAGUAUGGAGCUCCCGCAGGCUACGGUGGCGGUGGUGCCUACCGUCCCCCGCCUCCAAGCGGUGGAAUGGGUGGAAUGAUGGGUGGAAUGAUGGGUGGCUUUGGCGGCGGUGGUGGUAGUGGUGGUGGUGGUUUUAGCUCGGGAAGCCGUGACAUCAACGCGUCCACUGGCCAGCCAUGGAACGCUACCCCCGGCCCCGACUACAACACUGUUCUGCAGAGCCUUAUCGCCACUAUCAACGAGCGUCGCAUUGGUGGUUUCUUCCCCCAGGGCGUGGAGUCGAUUGCCCAGCGUGUUGUCCAGACCGGUGCCGUCCAGCGUGUCGCUACCGAGUGGCGUAUCCCGCAGGACCUUGCCAUUGACCUAGUCAAGCUUGCCCUCUUCGAUAUCGUUGUUCUCUGCGACGACUCGGCAAGCAUGCGCAACGGAGACCGUAUCUCAGACCUUCAGCAGGUUCUUGCCAAGGUCGCGUUUGCCGGUACUCUCCUCGAUGACGACGGAAUUGAGAUCCGCUUCGUCAACAACUACAUGCAGGGUAACAGGAUCAACUCGCAGGACGCCGCUGUCGACAUUGUUGACAACAUCAACUUUGACGGUGCCAAGCCUCUCGGUACUGCCAUUGAGCAGAAGAUUCUCCAGCCUAUGGUUCUUGCACCUGCCCGCCAGAACGCUCUCCGCAAGCCCCUCCUCGUCAUUGUCAUCACCGAUGGCCAGCCUACGGGCGAGCCUUUUGGCUACCUUCAGCAGAGCAUCGUCAACGCUGCCAACCAGCUCAACUCGACCCCGUACGGCCCCAAGGCUGUCAGCUACCAGUUUGCCCAGGUCGGUACCGACAUGUCUGCAACCCAGUUCCUCGCUGCUCUCGACAACGACCCAAUGGUCGGAGCCAUGAUCGACUGCACCUCCGACUACGACAUCGAGUCUCAGGAGAUGCUCCAGAAGACGGGACAGCAGUUGACACCCAUCAUGUGGCUGAUGAAGCUCAUGCUUGGUGGUAUUGACAGCUCGUAUGACUCGCAAGAUGGAUAA